AUGUCCAAGGUAACGGCGCCCGGGCCCGGGCCGCCCGUGGCGGCGGGCGGGAAGGAGAAGCGCUCGUUCAGCAAGCGGCUGUUCCGGAGCGGCCGCGCCGGGGGCGGCGGCGGCGCUGGGGGCCCUGGACCGGCCGCGCCCUCGUCGCCUUCGUCGGCGCGCUCGGUGGGCAGCUUCAUGAGCCGCGUCCUCAAGACGCUGUCCACGCUCUCGCACCUCAGCUCCGAGGGCGCCGCCCCGGACCGCGGCGGCCUCCGCAGCUGCUUCCCGCCCGGGCCGGCCUCCGCGCCUACGCCGCCGCCGUGCCCGCCGCCGCCCGCCUCGCCCGCUCCGCCCGCCUGCGCUUCCGAGCCGGUGCCCGGCGUGGCGGGGCUCCGCAACCACGGCAACACGUGCUUCAUGAACGCCACGCUGCAGUGCCUCAGCAACACCGAGCUCUUCGCCGAGUACCUGGCCCUGGGCCAGUACCGGCUGGGCCGCCCGGAGCCGUCGCCUGAACCGGAGCAGCCGGCGGGUCGCGGCCCGCACGGUCAGGGCGAGGUCACCGAGCAGCUGGCGCACCUGGUGCGGGCGCUCUGGACGCUGGAGUACACCCCGCAGCACAGCCGAGACUUCAAGAGUAUUGUAUCAAAGAAUGCUCUGCAGUAUCGAGGAAAUUCCCAGCAUGAUGCCCAGGAGUUUCUGCUAUGGCUUUUGGAUCGAGUUCAUGAAGACCUCAAUCAUGCUGUAAAGCAGAGUGGCCAGCCUCCUCUGAAGCCACCAUCAGAGACUGAUAUGAUGCCUGAGGGACCAUCUUUUCCUGUGUGUAGCACUUUUGUACAAGAACUUUUUCAAGCCCAGUACAGAUCUUCUUUGACAUGUCCUCAUUGUCAGAAACAGAGCAACACGUUUGACCCUUUCCUGUGCAUUUCUUUGCCAAUUCCACUACCCCACACAAGGCCUCUCUAUGUCACUGUAGUGUAUCAAGGGAAAUGUUCCCACUGCAUGCGGAUUGGUGUGGCUGUGCCUCUGUCUGGGACUGUUGCCAGACUUCGGGAAGCUGUGUCUAUGGAGACAAAGAUCCCCACUGAUCAGAUUGUGCUAACCGAAAUGUACUAUGAUGGGUUCCAUCGUUCCUUCAGUGACACAGAUGACCUGGAGACGGUUCAUGAAAGUGAUUGCAUUUUUGCCUUUGAGACUCCAGAAAUAUUUAGACCUGAAGGAAUUCUCAGUCAAAGAGGCAUUCACUUAAAUAACAAUUUAAACCACUUGAAAUUUGGCUUGGAUCAUCAUAGACUAUCUUCCUCACCAUCAACAGCAGCAAAACAAGGGAAAGUGGACUUGCCCACCAGAGUGGCAAACGACAAGAUUGUUCUGCUUGUGUGUAACCGGGCCUGUACUGGGCAGCAAGGGAAAAGAUUUGGACUGCCUUUUGUCCUGCACCUAGAGAAGACAGUAGCAUGGGACCUUCUGCAGAAGGAGAUCUUGGAGAAGAUGAAGUAUUUCUUGAGGCCUACUGUUAGCAUCCAGGUGUGUCCAUUCAGUUUGCGUGUAGUCAGUGUUGUGGGAAUAACUUACUUGCUGCCUCAGGAAGAGCAGCCUUUGUGCCACCCGACAGUAGAAAGGGCAUUAAAGUCCUGUGGACCAGGUGGUACCGCUCAUGUGAAACUGGUAGUAGAAUGGGACAAGGAGACAAAAGAUUUCUUGUUUAUAAACACUGAAGAUGAAUAUAUCCCUGAUGCAGAGAGUGUCCGUCUGCAGAAGGAGCAUCAUCAUCAGCCACAAACCUGCACUUUAUCCCAGUGUUUCCAACUCUACACCAAAGAAGAACGGCUUGCUCCAGAUGACGCAUGGCGAUGCCCACACUGCAAGCAGCUGCAACAGGGGAGCAUCACAUUAAGCCUGUGGACUCUGCCUGAUGUGCUUAUUAUACACCUCAAGAGAUUCCGCCAGGAAGGAGACAGGCGCAUGAAACUUCAGAACAUGGUCAAGUUCCCCUUGACUGGCCUGGACAUGACACCUCAUGUGGUUAAGAGAAGCCAGAGCAGCUGGAGCUUGCCAUCUCAUUGGUCCCCAUGGAGACGGCCCUAUGGACUCGGGAGGGACCCUGAGGACUACAUCUAUGACCUGUAUGCUGUGUGCAAUCAUCAUGGCACCAUGCAAGGGGGGCACUACACAGCGUACUGUAAGAACUCCGUGGACGGUCUCUGGUACUGCUUCGAUGACAGUGAUGUGCAGCAGCUGUCAGAAGAUGAGGUGUGCACACAGACAGCUUACAUACUUUUCUACCAGAGGCGGACAGCCAUCCCAUCGUGGUCAGCUAAUAGCUCUGUGGCAGGUUCUACAAGUUCUUCUCUGUGUGAGCACUGGGUGAGCCGGCUCCCAGGGAGCAAGCAAGCCAGCGUGACCUCUGCAGCCUCCUCCAGACGCACCUCCUUGGCUUCACUCUCUGAGUCUGUGGAGAUGACAGGGGAAAGGAGUGAAGACGAUGGAGGCUUUUCUACUCGACCAUUUGUGAGAAGUGUGCAGCGUCAAAGCCUGUCAUCCAGAUCUUCUGUCACCAGCCCCUUGGCCGUCAAUGAAAAUUGCAUGCGGCCUUCUUGGUCCCUGUCUGCCAAGCUACAGAUGCGCUCCAGUUCUCCUUCCCGCUUCUCAGGGGACUCCCCGAUCCAUGGGUCUGCCUCCACCCUUGAAAGAAUUGGGGAGGCAGGUGAUGACAAAGUGUCCAUAUCUUGCUUUGGUAGUCUACGGAACCUUUCUGGUAGUCACCAGGAACCAAGUGACAGUCACAAUAGACGAGAGCACAAGGCUGUGGGCCGGGCCCCAUUGGCUGUCAUGGAAGGUGUGUUCAAAGAUGAGUCAGACUCUCGAAAAUUGAACUCCAGUGUUGCAGACACACCAAGCAAAAGUCUAGCACAAGGGGAUUGCUUGCCCCCCAUUUCUGAUCCUUUUGAUAAUAAUAACCAGAUUGCUUAUGUGGAUCAGAGUGAUUCUGUUGACAGCUCUCCAGUCAAAGAGGUGAAACCUCCAAGCCACCCAGACUCCCUCACAAAGAAGCCAGAGAGCACAACCAAGAGAUCCCCUAGUUCCAAAGGCACUUCUGAGCCAGAGAAGAGCGUGCGGAAGGGGAGGCCAGCCUUGGCCAGCCAGGAAUCUUCUCUUUCAAGUCCAUCCCCUUCUUCACCUGUUCCUGUGAAGGUUUCCUUGAAAACUGCCCGCUGUCGGAGCAAAGCAGAUUCUUCCAGGGCCAGUGGAAGGCAUUCAUCCCCUGCCUCUACCCAACCCAAAAAAGAAUCGUCCCCCAGGUCCCAGGAAUCCUUGUCAUCUCCUUCACCACAGAAGCAAAAGUCUGCUUCUGCCUUCACUUACUCUUCUUCUUCCAUAUCUGCCAAAAAAGCCCCAGGCCCUGCCACCAGGGGCUCCUUACCUUCUGGGAAGAGCAGGACUUCUGACCGGAGCUUGAGUAGAGAGGGUUCCAGACAAAGCUUAGGUUCUGACAGAGCCAGUGUCACUUCCACCUCCACCUCCAAACCUAGCUCCCCUCGGGUGAAUCAGGCCAGAUCAGGAGACAACAGAGUUGAUGGCAAACAUGUUCGGAGCUCUUCCAUGGCCAGCCUGCGCUCACCUAGCACAAGUGUGCGCUCUGGGUUGAAGAGGGACAGCAAGUCUGAGGACAAGGGACUGUCCUUCUUUAAGUCAGCCUUGAGACAGAAAGAAACCCGGCGGUCUACUGAUCUUGGCAAGACAACCUUGCUGUCCAAAAAGGCUGGUGGGAGCUCUGUUAAGUCUGUCAGUAAGAACACCACAGAUGACAAGGCAGAGAAAGGCCAUCAGUCCCCAGGCUCACAGCAGCCAAACACAAAUGCAGUUGGAAAAGAACAGCUUGUCUCAAAGGACCCUGCUUCUGCUAAACAUUCCUUGCUAUCUGCUCGAAGAUCCAAGUCUUCCCAGCUAGAUUCCGGAGUUCCCUUGUCUCCCAGUAGCAGGCUGGCCACCGAGAAAGGCUCCAAAAAGCUGUCUUCUAGCAUGCAAACCUCUGCACGGCCUUCUCAAAAACCCCAGUGAUCUUCUACAAUCCGGGUGUUUUAUCUGUACAGAUGUUUAUUUAUUUAGAACUCCCUUCCCACCAAAGCCCUCUAUGCUUUUAUUUUGUGUGGUUUUUUUUUCCUUUGGGGUCAUGUGCCUGACUGUGUGAGAGAAUAUGAGUGUGUGUGUGGAAUUCAAAUUGUUAAAAGCGUCGCCUUAUUCUGCCAUUGAACCAAAUAACAGCCAUAGGCAAAGCAGUGAUACCAAGCUAACUGGAAUAACUGUAGAAAAUAAUCUGGAUAGUCCCUUUAGCAACUGUACCUAUUUCUUUCUAGAGAACACUAAUGAUUUUGGUUGGACACUAGGGUUUGGAAACCUGUGAACCAAUUAAGCUAUCAGUGUGUAGACAGAUGAAUUGUUUGACUUGGGUUUCAUCUGAGCAGAAUUUAUCUUCAUGUAGAUUGUUGAGUGCCAUCAGGAGCUUAGAAAACACACAAAACAAAAACUGUGACGCUAACAACAACAUAAACUGAGGGAAAACUUGCUUUCUGCACUUUGGCCCCAUCUACCAGUCUUUGUAAGGGCAAUAUCUUAACACUAAUGUUUCUCAGGUAUAUAUACUCAGCUAGUCUAGGAUGGAUGUACAUUACUAAUAAAUGGGUUCAAGAGGAAGAUUACAUGGGGAGGAAGAUGACUAUCCUUUCUCCUACUGCCACAGGUAGAGGUUUCAGAGGUAGACAGAAAAUCUAUUGCUACCUUCAUAUCUGCAUUUAUAUGCAUACACUAGCCUGUCUUGACUCCUUGGAUAUGUUCUAAGAUUUGGCAAUUUUUGGAUAGUCAGAAAGCUAGUCACUAAUAUUUUUUCAUUCUAAAUUUGCUGACUAAGGCCAUUGGAAUUUUGAACUGUAGCUGAAUAGUUAAUGCUUUUGAAAGAUUCCCAGAAAAAAAUUUAUUCCAAGCUGGAAGCCUGAGUUUAUGAUUCUCCUCCCCUGAUGUUGCUUUUUUCUGUUAGAAGUUUGAGGAUCUCCUACUCCCCUUGUGUGCAUGCUUACUGCCUUGUCUUGCUGCUCAGAAAAGAAAGAAGUCGCCUCCUACCAAGAGCCACUGGUGGUGUGGUGAUGUGUUGUGAGACAAAGCAUUGCACAUGCACUUUGGAUCGUACCUGUCUUCCUUGUGACUGCUUCUCUAUAGCUCUUUUAUGUCUGCUCUGUCCUGAAGAGUUAACCUCAGACCCAGAACUCAAGCAGAGUCUGGCAUAUGUUCCCUCUGGCAUGUAGUUGCCAAUUGCGUUAUUAUAGAUGAAAAGGGGGACCUCAAACCUCACUGGAUUCUCACAGGUAAAACAUAGUUUUCCAAGCCUUGUGGAAAUCACUUGGAAAUACUUUCCAGCCCAGUUUUUUAGUGUCCUCUUUUCUCCUCCUCCUCUUCUUCCUCAUCCUAUUCCUCCUCCUCCUCCUCCUCUUCUUCUAUAGCAUUUGUCACUUUGUCAUUAAAUAUAUAGCAUGUUGAGUUUAUGUGUAAUUACAUACUAAAGCUCAUGGUUCCCAGGUCCACAUGAACUCCUUUUUCAGUAUUUCUGUGAAGUGGCCGUGGUGCAUAUGUGCAUGCAGUUUGAUUUCUGCACUGUCCUUUUGUUCUUUAUGUUAAGAAUACCUCCUGGGAAGUACUUUCCACUAGUUACUUAAGUUUAUUUUGCUGCUAAUAUGGACAUUAGCUGGUAGCUUGCAGGUUCAGGGUGACUGGGAUUUUCAGCCCUUGUGGUAUUUGAGGCUUAGGUGUUCAGCUUUGUGCCCGUUACCACAGUGCUCCACGCAAUCCAGUGUGUGUGAGCAGUGCCCAUUGCACUCAGUCCUGUACUGGCUGCUUCUGUCCCUCCUCCCCCCGCCCCUUGUGGCUUCCGAAAGCCUCCAGGCUUUCUGGCCUGCCUUUGUGUGACUGAGGUGACAGCUGCCUUUUCGUGUCAUCGUUCAGUGGCACAAGGUCAGCCCCAGCAGUGUUUAGUCACCAAUCUUGUUUUAUUUUCUAAAAAAGCAUCAAAUGUGAGGCCAUCAGUAUCAGGAAUUGAGCAUUUGUGUGAUUUGAGCCUCUGAAAUGAUCUUAGAAUUAGAGUGUGAUAAGACAAAGGAUUUUAAUAACAAGCUGUUUUGCCGUAAUUAAGAUGACUAGAAGCUAGUUUAAUUUUCACAGUACUAUAUAGUUUUAUUCUUGAAUGCAGUAGGAAUGGAUCCUCCCUCCCACAUGUAUCAUGUUUUCUUAAACAAACAAAACAGAAAAAUCCUCUACAAGUCUCUACUUUUCCAUGGGAUCAAGAAAGACAGUUUCUAUAAUGUAAUAAAAUUGAAAAGAUGUCUGUAUAUGGAGUUUAGUCCUUAUUUCAUAUUUAAUAGAAAAAACAUUAUUGUCUAGGCUAUGAAGCUGCGAUGCUUCAUAGUGAGGUUGGGAAACAAUGCAAUCUAAUUCCUUCCUGCUGGGGUGUGUUUAAGACCCAGAAAAGGCUGCUCUGACAGUGUUGUCUGAAGUGAAAGAGCUUAUUGAGAGCGUUGCUGCUUGGUUCAUUCAGUUCUGUGGCAGGGUUAAGUCAUUGCAGUCUUUUCCCAGUGAUUUGGAUAUAGUGAACAUAUGUGUGCUUUGGGGUCAAAAAUCACCUGCUCAGAUGGUAGACCUGAGUUUCUGUUUGGCAACCCACUGACCCUGGUUAGGGCAGUCAUUCCCCGCAGGAACACAGCACUAACCAACAGUGAUGCAUUGGUAAUUUGGGGGGGAUGUUAUAUAAGCCCCCCCCCUUAUCCUUGCUCUUUUCCUGUAGAACACCUUGCGCACGAGGCUACACCAUCCCUUAAGCCAGCCUUCCUCCUUGCCUUCAUGAUGAUGCUCACUCAUGUCCCUUACAACCCUAGCCAACCUCAUUUAUUUCUUCUUAUGCCUGAGAGUGAGUAGUGCCAUAUCCAAUCAAUAGAGCAAUGUGGUAUAUCUGUGCUGUGCCACAUUUAAUUCAUUUGGGCCUGCUUUGCAGAGGCAAACAGAAAGCUUCAGCAAUAUGCUAUAGUUGAGGGGUCCUGGGAGACAUCAAAGCAAACAGGGCCUGCCAUGGAGUGAUGGUCUUCAUCAGAAACACCCAAACAGAUUAUUGUUGGGUCAGACCUGAGGUUCCUUGAGUUUUUGUCUAGAAACCAAAAGUGUCCUUGUUUAUCUCUGGAGACACUGUGGUCUUCUGGCCACAGGAUCAGACUGAGCUGUCUGUACUGUAUAGUGGUUAAAGUCUAGUACCUGGUCACUUUACAGUAGAAUCAACCCCCUGUUUCUAUGAGAUGGCUAUGGAGAUUGUUGAGGGUGGGAUGCACUGCCACCCUUCUAACUAGUAAGUAGGAGUGGUGUGUUAAGGGAGCAGUAGUGGCAGGUUAAGGGAUAUGGAUUAAAGAGUUGUGAACAAAGCUCAUUUCAAAUAAACCCUCUUUAAGUGGAUGGACACGAGGCAUCACAUCUCAUUUUGAUAGAUUACUAAUAGCUGAAGUUACAGUUUCCUGUGUAGAUUGUCAUUGAAUACAAAGGUAAUUAGUGUUUUGGUUUGGAUUUUUGAGCUAGGAUGAAAAUCAUAAGCACAGUUUCAAUAAAACACGGUUUGGAGGUGCAUUGAUACUUAGAUUUUUGGAGUUGAGAAGGGAAAAAUUUGCUGACAAACCAGUGCCUACCAUAAAGACAACUUAGCUGCUAGUAUGCAGGCUGCUCCUGCUUGACUUUUAUAAAGAGCUCAUUGCUAUCCAGCUGGCUGCACCUUCAGUUGGGACAUCAUGCUUUGGUUUCAGUCAGUGCUCGGAGUCCCGUGCUGCCUUGUGAUCAGACCCCAAAUUCUUCUUCCUAGCUGCCUUUUGAGCAUGACCGAUCAUUUUUACCCUCAAGUAGAGACAGCAGUUUUGCAUGCCCUCAUCUAACCCAGAAAGCAUGCUCACACUACCUAUGCAAGCAACCGAUUGAAAAGCAUACAGAGAAACUACACUAAACGUUGAGUUUUAAAAAAGAAAAAGACAACUCAGAUCCUGGAGCUCUAUUUUUUGAAUUUGUAAUUUUUAAAGCGUGGCUUCAUCAUCAGUGUAGGUGAGCCUGAGUGUGAAUUUUAGGUUGCUUUGCAUCUCUUUCUCUGCCAGUCUUUUUUUUUUAUAUCAUUGGUGAGAUUGUGUGUAAAAUAGUAUUUUGCAAGCAGGAGUGGAUUGGAUAUGUUGAACAUACACUGGUGUAUAUAUUGUAUUUAGCCUGAAGACUUUCCUAAAGUAUUUUGUUCUAAGAAAUAACCUGCCAUUUUCUAUAGAUUUUAAUUUUUUAUAUCUUCUGGUGUCCUUCAUCACAAGGAGAGAUAUGGCUUCAUAUAGUGCUAACAAUUUUUAAAUGCUUUUGUAGAGACUCGGAGGUGUUUAGGAAGACUCUGGGACUUCCCACCCACUGGUCUCAGUAAGAUUAGGGAUGUGGAAUGUAUGGUAGUGUUAAACAAUGGAUUCAGGUCUAGAUCCGUCUCACAUUCAUUUAAAACCAUUGUUUUCCAUGGGGCAGGGAUGGGGCAGAGGCUCAUAGCAUAUGUGAAAGAUGUCUUUGAAUCUCAUACAUACACUGUCCCGAGGCCUCUUCUGGAUGAUUCACCCUAGGUCACUAGGAUCAUCAAGGGACUUGGAAGGCCCGGGCCUCUCCCAGGCUUUUGAUGCUGGGUGACUUUCUCUCCUUAUUGCAGUCAGAAUCGAGAAGGAUGUGGUACACCAUCUUUUUGCCAACAAUUUAUGGCGAGAAUCAUCACUGCCAUACAAAGUACUCAGGAGGAAUUCCAGUUGCAUUGGACAAGAAAAUUAAAAGAAGCUGUCAAUCCCCUGCCUGAAUUCAGGGGACAAGAGCUUUCUGACUUCAAGGCCUGAUUUGGACCUGUGAGGCAUUUUAUGGGUGGUAUGUUACUUGCCAGUCUGGGGAUUGUUCUUACUUCCUGGUGGCAAGCAGAGUGCUCCAAGGGGUCCGAAUUCAUUCCCAGAGCCUCUGUUCAGAUUCUGCUGUGGGGCUGAGACCCAUGCAGGAAGGGAAGUCACUCCAUGUUAGAAAAUGUGGCAGAAGACGGUAGAAAGCUAGCUGUCUAGCCGUGCAGACCCUGCUCUGCUUUUGGCAGCACAGUUGCAAACCACAGGCUACACAGGCCCCUUGCUCUGAUUGCACUCCACUCCAGGUCUUUCCUACUCAGAAUGUAGCUCUAGGAGUCCUUUUAAAUUUAAAAACAAAUGUGAAACAUUCUGUUGAAAUUAUUUUGACGCUCUCAUUGCUAUUUUUUCAUGUAAUUAAACCAAUACCUAUCCAGGAAUUUGGCAGUAUAUGUUACCUACAGAGGCACAUGAAGUUUGGUUUUAAUCUGUGGUGAGCCAGGUGCACUAUACCAUCUUCGAAAUAAUAUACUGUGCUGUGUGGCCUCAUCCCAUUGAACAUCAGGCUGCCUACAAAAAGGAGAAGGAAACCGUUUAUCUGACGUGGCUCAUAUUUUAAGGAGUAAGGGUAUCGGAAAAAAUCAGAGCUGGAACAGCUUUGGCACACGGCCUCCCAGAGUCGAGCUCUCUGCUGCUGUGAACACGCAGCAUGAACUUCCCUAGGUGCUAUUCCAGACUGGGGGACUGUGCUUCUGUGCCUGCGGUAGUGUCUGUCUUUCCUGUAGGCAUUUAUGUUCUGUGUAGGUCUGCUCACCGACUGUGCCUCUCACCACUGGUUAAAAUUGAAUUUGGGCCUCAUUACCAAAAUGGUUUCUUGAUUCUCUUGUGUAUUUACAGCGGCGUUUGAUUUCUCUAGUUGUCUUAAAAGCUGCAUGUCAUAUCACUGUACACAAAAUGCUUUGGUGUCAUUCAUGAGCCAGUAGUGAGCUCUGUAUAAAUUCUUCAGUAAAAGGAUGGCAGAGUAUCUUUCCUGCAGGCUGGAAGAAAGUGUAUCCUACAUUUUAAAUUAUUUUAGGCCAAGUGCAUGAGGUAUGUCACUGCCUUCUGUUAUUUAUUUGUAUAUUUUAUUAUUCAAGGUGUAUGCACUUUUAAGAAGCAGAAUUUAUAUUUUUAUGUUUAAAACAUUUUAUUUCCGAGACAGCAGUUGGUUAUAUAGUAUACAAUUGGAAUUAAGAGAAAACUGGAAAUGUAACAAAACUUAAUAAAUUUACUACAUGAUGCCUUCUUCAA